CCUGUCCUUUUGCUUGCUGUGUUUUGAAGUAUACGACUACGAUUACCUCGAACGCUCUCCUCGCCACUUCUCCCUAACUAUCUUGACUACGCGCUGAUCCCCAAUUCUUGCACAUUCCUUUGUCCUCAAUUUUGUGGUCGUCCCCCGUUGCCUACCUCGGGGUUAGCUCGAUUGGAUCGGAAUUAAGACGGUCUUUGGCGGUAAUUGCCUCCCGGCCUCUGCAGCCCUCGAUUACUAUUUAUAUAAAUAUCGCGGCUGUCCUUACUUUUCUUCUGGCCUUUCUCUACGGGUGACAGAGAACCUUACUCUGUCGCUCUCUGCGCUGUACGACAAAGUGUCUACCGCGCGACUUCAUUCGCUUACCUUGCAGGUCUCGCGACCCUGGGUCUCAUUCGAACCUCUACGUCUCUUAGCGUCCUCCAGCUCCCCUUUCCUUGGUCGUUACGCCUCAUCCAUGGCCUCGGAACCUUUGGAAUCAUCCAAGGACGAUCUACGUCAUCGCAGAGAGCCAAGUCCGUAUGCCCCCAGGCAGGACAGCACCCCUCAUGCAGCUCAAGGUGCCAGCGCAACACCUGCGCCCUUAGCAUGGUUUCCACUAGGCUACAGGGAGGGCUUCAGUCAAUGGUGGUCAUGCUUGCCAGCCGCCGCCGCCGAACAUAAGGUGCUCUCAUACUUGCCCUAUCUUCAGCAUGAACCCCCGACGCAUUUACAAACUGGUAAAACCAGCAAUCCCCCAAGUGGCGAACUGGGGAGUUUACAAUCAGCCGACCACAGCCAGGAGGGCGAGGUGUCGGCUAAUUCACUCAAUGAUCCGUAUGGUCCUCGAAGGUGGCGCUCUAGCAUGGUAGAGCUAAGCGGCAAGAAUCGAGCGCUCAAUGAAUUUUCAGUGGAGCGAAUCGGGGAGGAAGCAAACCAGCAUUUGGUUAUGGUUCAUGGUUACGGCGCUGGGUUGGGCUUUUUCUACAAGAAUUUCGAGCCUCUGAGCCGACUGAAAGGAUGGCAACUUCACGCGCUGGACUUACUGGGUAUGGGCCGUAGUACUCGCCCGCCAUUCCGCAUCAAAGCAAAAGACCGCGAAGAUGCCAUCAGAGAGGCCGAAGAUUGGUUUGUGGAUGCCCUGGAAGAAUGGCGCGUCAAACGCAAAAUCGAUCGCUUUACGCUACUCGGCCACAGCUUGGGAGGUUACAUGGCGGUUGCCUAUGCUCUUAAAUACCCCGGCCGCCUGAACAAGCUGAUCUUGGCUUCUCCGGUUGGAAUUCCAGAAGACCCGUAUGCUGUGGCAGCAGAGAUGCCGUCCGAGUCUACUAUGACCAAUGAAUUCUCCCAGGACCAGCGCAACAUCGCCGAGUCAGCCUCCUCAGUGCCACCCGCGACAGUGCAGAAAGGCGACAACAAUAUCCUCCUCAAAGGUCCAUCGACAGGUGCUACUACUCCUGAUCGGCCACCCCGUCGGGUGAUCCCCAAAUGGUUUGCCUAUCUGUGGGAGGCCAACAUAUCUCCUUUCAGCUUGAUUCGAUGGGCGGGUCCCUUAGGCCCGCGACUUGUAUCCGGCUGGACAUCUCGGCGCUUUUCGCAUUUGCCUGCGGACGAGGCCAAGGCCCUCCAUGACUACUCAUACUCGAUCUUCAGUCUACGGGGUAGCGGAGAAUAUGCCCUUGCAUACAUUCUUGCCCCUGGUGCAUUUGCACGCAGUCCUCUCAUCCGGCGCAUUCAGGGAGUGGGACGACAGGUGCUUCAAUCGCCCCAACCGUCUAUUCAGGAGUCUGCAGCCGCCGUGGACUCAUCUAGCCAGAGGCUGCCCCAGCCCGGCACCACCGUCGAAUCAAGCUCCUCUUCACCAACGUCCGUCAAGCGCGAGAGCGGUCUCCCCAUUCUCUUCAUGUACGGUGAUCAUGAUUGGAUGGAUGUAAAGGGUGGGAUAGCUGCCAAGGCUAAGCUCGACGAAGAGAAGCGCCGUGUGCUUCAGAAUGCCACAAUAGAAGAGCGAGAGGCGGACAAUGGGUCGGCCAAGGUUGUGGUCAUCAAGAAUUCGGGACACCAUGUUUAUUUAGAUGGGUGGGAAGAAUUCAACCGCCUGGUCUUGUCCGAGAUGGAAGAGGUGGAUCGGAAGGCUGGCAAAUAAAAAGGGUGUUCAUGGACAUGCUGGUUUAUAUGAUUUGAUUGUUGAUAAAGAGCGAUUUUCCUAUUAUUACUAUUACUAUUGUUUUUUUGGUCGGUGUCACAUGUGGAUACGCAAUAAUGUAUUAAAGAAAUAAAGUACAGUACAAUACAAUACACUGCAAUGGUUGGAUUGAAAGACAACCACCGUAGGCCAUGUGACAGGCUCCUUGUCCCGAGUACAAUACCUGGAAACCUGACCAUACGGUAACUUAUC